AUGGGGACUGUGAUAUUCGACCCACGAAUAGAUAUGGUUUUGAUGGAGGUGGAUCGGUUCAAUGCGACACCAAUGACUUUGUUCCGGUUCAAACGUUCUCCGCAGGCCAGAAUCUUGAAAGAUGUCCGCUAUUUCUGCAUCCGUACCCUCUAUCAAGUCGAUGAAGCACCACGAAUAUUUGAUGACGCGUUGGGUCAUAUUAUAGCACUAAUUUUACCAUCCCUUGAAACCUUGAUCUAUGACCCGGGAUCUGAGCCGAGACCUGGAUGCGGAUCAUCAUAUGGAGGGAACAAUGGGAAUUGUGAUCAAGAUUUGUCCAGUUCAUCACGGAUAGAUAUUGCAAGAAAACAAGCCGAUUUCCAAGAGCUUUAUCUUCAGCGGAUAUGCGAAAGUCUGGAGAAAUGUAAGCGCUGCGGCAUGAAUCCUGAGUGGAAUAUCCCAAGAGUACUGUCGACGCUCGAUAUCCACGGAGAAAAAGUCGACGUACAGAGAAUCUUGGGGCAAUGA